AUGGCCCCGCUGCUGUUGGCGCUGGCUGCUGCCUCCCUGGCUUGGUCGUGCGCGGCCGCCGCCGCCGCCGCCCCGUCGGGCAGCCGCUUCUCCGAGGCGCGGGUGGCGCGCUGGGCGGCGGCGGCGCUCCGGCACGUGGCGGCGGCGCAGUGUCCCGAGCGCGGCGGGCUCUUGCCGCGGCCGCAGUGUCAGCGCCUGGCGCGGCUGUCGCAGGGGCCCGGGCCCGCCGUCUACGUCUCGGAGCCCUCCCGGCCAGGCCACAAAGUGCGCGCGCUCUUGCCCGACGGCUGGGGGGAGCGGCCCGGAGCGGCCCCCGUCGCGCCCGGCCGCAACCAGAGCGGCGGCCCGCAGCGCCCGGCCUCCGCGCCCUCGGGGCAAGACGCCAUCCUCGUGCUCGACCCCAGCCCCGGCGCCAACUUCGGCCACCCGCUCCUGCUCUUCUAUGUCGACUUCCACGUCAGCCCGCGCCGGUGCCGGAGCCGUGACCGCCUCUACCUGGGCAGCUACGAAUGCUUGACUCCUGCCCAGAGGAGCCACUGCGAGAACCAACUGAAGCGCAGGCCGGGCCGUGGCAAGGGACGGAGCCAGCGGUCGGCAGGACGCGCCCGACGCGAGGAGCCCCCAGUAGGGCUCUGCGAGAUCCAUUUUCUGCCCACGGUGGUGGCGGCGCAGGACCCGAAACACCUGCAGAAGUUGCACUGCAUGGACCUCCGUGGGUACAGCCCGUGCCCUCAGUCUCUGCCCCUCGUGAGCUCCAGUUCCACGGCUGCCUACUGCGAGCUCAACAAGAACACCCGACGGUGCCAUCGCCAGCAGCUUCCGAUGUACAAAUCAUGCCGCAUGUAUCAGACGUGCGACCACGCGGUGCUGAUUGCAGGUGGCUGGCAGGAACAGGUCAUCUACCCCCACCAUGCCCAGAACUUGAUGCUUUUCCACCAGAUGCUCCGACGGAAUGGCUUCCGCCAGGAGCACAUCAAGGCCUUCUUUGCGAGCGAGGGGCAGGCCUCAGCUGCUGUGGAGAUGGGCGAUGUGCAUCCAGCCACAGAGAAGCUGGCGAUCCGCUCCCACCUUGCCUUGCUCUGCCGGAGUCUCCACUGUGCUGACUCGCUGGUGCUCUACCUCAACAGCCCAGCAGCCAGCGAUGGCACCAUACUGCUGUGGGAUGCCAACCGCAAUGGCAUUGCGGAUCCUAAGGAGCGGUACCCCGUCUCGGAGCUCCUCACUGACUUGGAGAACUGCAACGCCCGCAGGGUCCUCCUCUUCCUUGACCAGAGCUAUCCGGGGCCGUUGGCAAAGAAGCUGCGAACGUCACGGCGCCAUCCCAAUGUGGUGCUGGUACGCAGCACUGCCGCCGCCGCUGCCAACGGAGGGUCUGCGUUUGCCGAGUUCUGGGCAGGGCUGCUGCCUGACCAGUGUCUGCUCCAGCAUAUCUUGCCGGUGGGUCCGUGGUCGGCAGUCUUGGCCUCUGGUCCUCCUGCCCAACUACUCAAUGUCACAUUAGCAGGAGCUCCCUGCCAUUCCGUGCCACCCCUGGGCGAAGAAGAGCGCCAGCGUCGCUACCAAGGCUGCCAGAACCUCCCCACCAUGUUAUGGUAUCAGAGCCGGCACCAGCAGCUGCCCCAGGAGGAGGACUGAGCCUGAAUUGGGCGCUGGCCUGGAUCAGUCCUCAAGAUCGGAGCCUUGUUCUGUUCCCGUGGACCCUUCCCCACCCCCCACCCCCCAGGAGAUUCUUGGCUUCAAGGCACACGGGUGGAGUCCUCUGCUGCAGCUGCCCAGUGGGUCGGCCUGGGACUGUUUGUUGGAUGUUGCUGGGAGAGGUUGCUGCACUGGACUCUCCAAAGCCAUUUCCAGCUGCCGGGGCCAAAAGGAGAAGCCAGGUGUAGCAAGGACUUGACCUGACAUCCUGCCAAGGAUAUAUAAAUGGAAAUAGGGAGGAUGCUACAGCCACA